AUGGCUGAUUCGUUCGAAAGUAAUAAAAGACCAAUUUUCAGAGACAUUAGACGCUAUUUUUGUGACUAUUGUGGCAUCUCUAGGUCCAAGAAGACCCUAAUUACCUCUCACAUCAAUUCUCAUCAUCAAGUGGAAGUGGAAAAAGCAGGACUCCAAAGAGAUCAAGAAGCACAAGGUAUAAAAUCGAAUACUUGUAAAGAAUGUGGCGCUAGUUUCAGAAAACCUGCCUAUCUAUUGCAGCACAUGCAAAGUCAUUCACUUGAGAGGCCGUACAUUUGUACUUUUGAUGGUUGUCAGGUGAGUUACAGAAGAAAGGACCAUUUGAAUCGUCAUCUUCUACAACAUGAAGGGAAAAAAUUUAAAUGUCCAAUCGAGAAUUGCAACCGUGACUUUAGUUUCGAGGGAAACGUGACAAGACAUGUCAAGCAGUUUCAUAACAAGGAUUCUUCUACCUCUAUUGAUGUUAAAAUUCAGAAGCAGCAUGUGUGCCCGGAAAUUGGCUGUGGGAAAGUUUUCAAAUUUGCAUCAAAGCUAGAGAAGCACAAAGAUUCUCAUGUUAAGCUGGAGUCAAUAGAGACAGUGUGCUUAUAUCCUGGGUGUAUGAAGCAUUUUACUAGUAUCCAGUGCCUUAGAGCACACACUAAAUCCUGCCAUCAGUAUGUGACCUGUGAAACUUGUGGGGAAAAGCAACUUGAGAAGAACAUUAAAAGGCAUCUCCGUAAGCAUGAAAAUGGUAGUUCAUCCGAGGUGUUUGAUUGUGAUUAUAAGGGUUGUAGCUGCACCUUCUCAAGUAAAUCCAAUCUUUCCAAGCAUGUCAAGGCUAUCCAUUUGCAAGAUAAACCCUAUAUGUGCAGCUUUCCUGAUUGCGGCAUGAAAUUUGCUUAUAAACACGUGAGAGAUAACCAUGAAAAAUCCGGUUCACAUGUUUUUACCCUAGGGGAUUUUGAAGAAACUGAUGAACAAUUCAGGUCAAGGAAUAGGGGAGGGAGAAAGAGAAAGUGUCCUACAGUUGAAAUGUUGAUUAGGAAGAGAGUUGCUCCCCCAACUCAACUAGAGGUGCUAAUGAAGGGUAUUGAUAUUGAGUAG